AUUUAUUCCUAGAUAUAGACUUUGAAAAAAAAAAAAAAUCAUAACAUUUGGUUCCAAAAUUUUGUUCCUAGAUAUAGACUUUAAAUAAAAUCUGAAAAUAUUAUUAGAAACCUAAAUACCCAAAAUUGAAUAAUAAAAAUGAAACAAAAGAAAAAAGAAAAAGAUUUUCGUUCCUAAAAUUUGAAAAUCUUAUCAGCUCCAACACUUCUCUCUCUCGUUCGCCGUUCGCCUCCCCCAAAUCCCAAUUUGUCGCGCCUUCCCCGAGUCCGCCGCGCCACCCGAUCUACCGCGCCUUCAUCCAGCUCCCCCAGUCCAUCGCGCCCUCGGUCAGCCUCCGUCUGCCCUAAAAUCAGCGUAUAAUUCCCCACCCAACCAAACCCUAACACUCUCUUUCUCUCUUGUCCGCCACACCAGUCUGUCGUGCCCUGGUCUUCUGCGCCUCCGUCUGCUUUCCCCAGGUCCGCCGCGCUUCCGGUCUGCCUCCGUCCACGCCUCCUUUGUGAGCCUCCGUAUGUGCGCCUCUGUUCGCGCCUCCACCCUGCCAGCAAGCUCUGCCUCGCUCCACCUCGGUCGGCCUCGCUCUGACUUGCACCGCCCUGCUCCCGGAAUAUUGACGCCAAAUCCCAGAUUUGUGGCCAUGAUGGAUUUCAGAUGGGUGGAGACCGUGGAGUAGUAUCUACAAUUCCGAGUGAGCAGCUCACCAUUUAUAUUUUUUUGUAUGCACUGAAUUAGACAAUGAUGGGGGCAUUGUGUAAUAAUUGGAUAAUUGAUCUUAUUUAUUAUAUACUAUAUUAUGGGAGAGAAGAAACUAAAGUUAUUGUGAUUUGACAUUAUUAAUUUCUUUUUAUUGCAGCAUUUGUUUGUUUUUAUAGGUAUGGUUAGUUCUGCAAGCAUUUAUUAGAUUUUAUAUCUUCUUAUUUACAUCACUCUGAAAUACUGCCUCAGACAGUUAUGUAUAUUGCUAGUUAUUGUUAGAUAUGAACUCUUAAGCUUUGUUAUCUGCAGGAGAAUUCUCAGGUAUAUCUUGUGAAAAUUUUGUGGAGGUCACGUGUUAAUGGAGCUCAAGUAAUACUAUAUAUAUCUUUUGUAUGAUUGAGCUAUGUAAAUUCUGCAAAUUUAUAUUAGAUUACCGCCUGUUCAUUUACUUGUUCAGUCUUGAUACGAUUGGAAGUCUUGAUACGAUUGGAAUUAUCUACAGGAGAAUUCUCAGGGUUAAUGUUAUUGCCACUUCUUCUUUUGACGAGAAACCCAUUACUAUCAAGUUUACGAGGCGGGGGUAUGAAGACUGUGGAUAUAUAACAGAGUCGGAAAGGUUGACAGCAUACUUGGCGCCCGUGGCGAUGCUUUUGAGCAUGAGGCAACUAGAAGAAUGCGUAAUGAAUUUAUGGUAGCUUGGGAUGGCUUGAGGUCAAAAGACAACCAGAGAAUCAUAGCAGGUUGAUUAACUAGUUCUUGAUGACUUGGUGCUAGAAACAUUGUAUGAUAGAUUUUUGUUUUAGUUAUAAGGUAAUUGGUAUUUUCAAUUUUGAAUCGGAAUAUGCAAUGAUGAUGUAUACUUGAUAUUUGGUUAAUUUGGAUGAUAAUGUAUGAAUAUUUUGGAUGAUAUAUAAUAUUGUUAUUGUUGAUUUUAUCAUUUUGUCGUUUUAUAAAAAUUGCAAAAUUUAAAAAUAUACUACAAUUAUAUAAAGUGCAAAAAAAUUGUUAUAAAAGGUGUAAAAACCGUUAUAAGAAGUAAAAAAAACUGUUAACUAUGAUGGAAAAAAACAAAAAAAAAAUACAAAAUAACGGACAAAUUCUCAUAUAUAACGGUAAUAAACCGUUAUGUAUAAGCAUUAUAGAUAACGGUUUCAUACCGUUAUGUAUAGAAAAAAAACUGUUAACUAUGAUAGGAAAAAAACAAAAAAAAUACAAAACAUAACGGAAAAAUCCUCAUACAUAACGGUAUAAACCGUUAUGUAUAAUCAUUAUAGAUAACGGUUUCAUACCGUUAUGUAUAGAAAAAAACUGUUAACUAUGAUAGGAAAAAAAAACAAAAAAAAUACAAAACAUAACGGAAAAAUCCUCAUACAUAACGGUAUAAACCGUUAUGUAUAAUCAUUAUAGAUAACGGUUUCAUACCGUUAUGUAUGAGCGUCUCGUACCGUUAUCUAUUCUCACAUACAUAACGGUUUUUAAACCGUUGUCUAUGAUACGUAUCAUAGAUAACACCACUAUACACAACAGUUUUUUUGCUCAUAGAUAAC